GCCGACGGCAGGGAGUCCCCUGCGAGAGAGCUCGGGGCCAGGCGCGGCCAUAGCGUGACGCUCUACAACCGCGGCAAGACGGCGCCGAAGAAACUCCCGAAAGAGUCGGAGGCUGAGUUCGCGAAGCGGGUCGCGGAGACGAAGUUCCUGAAAGGAGACCGCAAGGACCCCGCGCAGCUGAAGAGCUUGAUAGAUCCUGCCGCGUACGACUACGUGUACGACAUGAAUG